AUGUUUUACAAUGACAGAUACCUUGUAAGAAUUUUAUCAAGCAUUCCAGUAGUCAUAGUCCUCUUUAUCAUUUCUGGAAUUGUUUAUUGCUAUCACGAUUCCUUUAUCACUACUCAAGAACCCACAAUACCUCUUUUAGCACUUUACAUAUUAUUCUAUAUCGAUAUCAUUUUGCUCUGCUGGUCCUACAUCUCGUCUGUUAUAACAGACCCAGGAUCUAUCCCAUCAUAUUUUGACUUUUUAUCUGACGAAUCUCGUAUAGAAAUUUCCAAUAAUAAGUACAAUGAUGAAGACUGCUUACUCACUCUUUAAAUUGGGACCAAACAUUGGUAAAAUUUGCAUUUUUUUGGGUACUUUAACCCCCUUUACAUCAGAAAAUUUUUUUUCAAUAGGAAAAUUGUCCUAUGUAGAUUUCUUUAUCUAACAAAAUGCAAUGGACGGAUGACAGACUAAGUCAGACUAUAUCAAAGAUUAUGAUUUUAAAAAUUUUUAUAAAGAAAAAUUCAAAUAUAUAUUUUUUAAAAAAAAAACGUUUGAACAGGAUUUUUUGUUUUAAUUUAAAUUGUGGGAGUUAAUAUCAAAAUCAUCAUUUUGCAAUAAGUGUGACAGAAAUCGGCCCCCAAGAGCUCAUCAUUGUAGAAUAUGCAACCGUUGUAUCCUCAGAAUGGACCAUCAUUGUCCAUGAAUCGGAAAUUGUGUAGGAUUUCACAAUUAUCGGUAUUUUAUACAGUUUUUAAUAUAUGCUUGUAUAGGAAGCACUAUAGCUGGGGUAUGCUGUGGAUGGUUAGCUAUAAAAGAAAAUGAAUUUACAUCAACGGCAAAUAUUAUUGGAGCAUGUGGAGGAAUUUUUAUAGGCCUAACGCUAACACUUUUAUCUGGGUUUCAUUUGUGAUUACUUUUUACUAAUAGAACGACGUUGGAGAUUUACUCUUCUAUAGAAUUUAAUACAUUUGAUAAUGGAGGGCAAAAUAAUUUCCAGAUUAUUUGUGGUAAUUUUUGGGCUGCGUAUUUUUUACCAAUAAAUGCCAAAAAUGUGGGAGAUGGAGUUAUUUAUCCUAUUAAAUUACGAGAAAAAGCAGGGGGCAUUGAAUAUUUUGAGUCGAAAAUUCUUAAAUAG